UAUUUUAAUUAAAAAUCUCAGAUUGAAUUUGGUUUCAUGUAAACAGUACUGCUAUUAUGCUUGUUCAUAUCAGGAUGAAUGACUAUCCAACGUUCCUCACCUCUGCUGACUCUUAUAGUAUUUGUUUCAGAGACCGAAACGGGUCGGGUCGGAUCCGAUUGUCUCGGGUCGGGUUCGGGUCAAUGUAAAAAAUAUUGGUUCGGGUCGGGUCGGGUCAGGGUUAAAGUAAAAAAUAUUGAUUUGGGUCGGGUCAAAGGAAAAAUAAUUUCGGGUUUUAUUCGGGUCUUGCCACUAGAACACAAAUCAGGAGAGUUUCGUCGGUUACAAUUCACUCUUCUAUUUUCAAACACAUGUCUUUUUUAUCAAAAAGAGAAGUACAGUGUUUUUGCC